AGAAAGCGCUGGUGGCCGGGCCGGCGGCCUGGAGACGCAGGUGGGGCCGCGCGCGCGGCAGAGGGACCCAGCCCGGAGCCCGGGAGUCCCGCGGCCCCACAAGGGGAGCGCUCAAGAUGCCUCGUGGGGACUCGGAGCAGGUGCGCUACUGUGCACGCUUCUCCUACCUCUGGCUCAAGUUCUCACUCAUCAUCUACUCCACAGUGUUCUGGCUGAUCGGGGCCCUGGUGCUGUCUGUGGGGAUCUACGCAGAGGUCGAGAGGCAGAAAUACAAAACCCUCGAGAGUGCCUUUCUUGCCCCCGCCAUCAUCCUCAUCCUUCUGGGGGUUGUCAUGUUCAUUGUCUCCUUCAUUGGUGUGCUGGCUUCCCUCCGAGACAACCUGUGCCUUCUCCAGUCGUUCAUGUACAUCCUUGGGAUCUGCCUCAUCAUCGAGCUCAUUGGUGGCGUGGUGGCCUUGACCUUCCGGAACCAGACGAUUGACUUUCUCAACGACAAUAUUCGAAGAGGAAUCGAGAACUACUAUGAUGACCUGGACUUCAAAAACAUCAUGGACUUUGUUCAGAAACAGUUCAAGUGCUGUGGUGGAGAAGACUACCGAGAUUGGAGCAAAAACCAGUACCAUGACUGCAAUGCCCCGGGGCCCCUGGCCUGCGGGGUGCCCUACACCUGCUGCAUCAGAAACACGACAGAAGUCAUCAAUACCAUGUGUGGCUAUAAAACUAUCGACAAAGAGCGCCUCAGCGUGCAGGACGUCAUCUACGUGCGGGGCUGCACCAACGCCGUGCUCAUCUGGUUCAUGGACAACUACACCAUCAUGGCUGGCAUCCUGCUGGGCAUCCUGCUCCCUCAGUUCCUGGGGGUGCUGCUGACGCUCCUAUACAUCACCCGGGUGGAGGACAUCAUCGAGGAGUACUCUGUAACUGACGGGCUCCUGGGGCCAGGCGCCAAGGCCGGCGUGGAGGCAGCGGGCGCCGGGUGCUGCAUGUGCUACCCCAAUUAG